GCGUCGAUCUUCGAGUACGGGAGCGCGGCGAAUCCGGACAUGAGGCCCAUCCCGGUGCUCGUGCACCCGCCGGAUUUGCACGAGCGCGGAGAGACGCGAGUGAUCCCGUUUGAUAUCAAUGAUUUCUUGGAGAUUGAGGAAUCGUGUACGUCGCCGAAUCUCAUGGCGUCGUUCGUGAGGAUCGUGAAGGGGGAGGCGAUCGAGACGAGCGCGAACGCGACGAGUCAGGCGUUUUACGUGAUUCGAGGGAACGGAACGAGCGAGGGCGAACACGGUAAGAUUUCGUGGAGCACCGGGGAUUUGUUCGUCGUGCCGGUGACGAGGGGGAAGAUUCACCACGUGUGUGUCGAUGCGGAGUCCAUGGGUGGGGCCGCGCUGUACUGGGUGCACGAUGAACCCCUGAUGAGCUACCUGGGCGUGAAUCCGUCGAGCGAGAAGAAGUUUGAACCGACGCUGUAUCGCCGUGAGGAGAUGCUCGCGCGCGUCGAAGAAAUCAAGCACGCGAGCGACCGCAGCAACAACCGGUGCGGUGUGUUACUCGGCAAUACCGCGUGCUCGCAGACAAAGACGCUCACGCACGUUUUGUGGUCUCUGUUGAACUCGAUUCCGGCGCAAAGCGUACAACGUCCGCACAGACACAACUCCAUCGCCCUCGAUCUCGCGGUCGCGGCGAAGCCGGGAGUGUACACGCUCAUGGGCAAGGAGAUCGAUCGCAACGGAUUCAUCAUCGAUCCCAUUCGUUGCGACUGGGUCCCGGGCGGCGUCUUCAUCACGCCCCCUGGGUGGUGGCACUCGCAUCACAACGAGAGCGACGACGUCGCCUGGGUGUUGCCCAUGCAAGACGCUGGUCUGUACACCCAUCAGCGCACCUUAGACAUUCGAUUU